GCACUUACUGUGUGCAGAGCACCAAGUGUUUGAGAGAAUACAAUAUAACAGAGUAGGUAGAUGCAUUCCCCAUCCCCAACAAGUUAAUAGUCUAGAGCGGGAAAUGAUGAAAUGGAGGAUUUUGUAGACACCCCAUAUUUUAAUAUGAAGAUAUCAAUUAAUGGUAUUAAGCGCUUCAUAUGAAGAGAGCACUGUAUUAAGCGCUCUGGAGAGUCCAAUACAACAGAAUUGUUAGACGUUCCCUGCCCACAGUGUAUCCUUGCCAAACCGUUGUCUCUAGCCUUGGGAGUCUUACAUUAAAUUGAUUCACGUGGGAGUUUUACGGUUUUAAUGCUGCAUUGCUUUAAAAGGCUUUGGUAAUUUCCACUGGGGUUUCAGAUUGGGGGUAGAGUGUCAUUUUUAAGAUACGGUUAUCGUUUGUCCAUGGUGACAGGAACGAAAGAGGCCCCAGAGAAAAAAGUACAUUUAACAGGAUCCAUCAGAGGACUCACAAACCUCCCAUGACCAGCUGAAGGACUCAAGAGGUGUGGCCGACAAUUCUUAGUCCCACAGUUUUGUGCCAGCGGAGCUCCAGCGGAGUCUGAGCUCCAGUGAAGGGAAACAUGGAUCGGCAAAGCUCCGACCAAGAUUCUGUUACUCCUGAAGACUACUCUCCAGUCUGUGUAGGGCGGGAAGCUGAUAUUAAAAAAUCCGAAAGAAUAACUAGUAUGGUCCAUAAUAGAGAGGUUGUUGUUUUCUACCACAACGGAGAAUUUCAUGCCAUGGAUAUCCGCUGUUACCAUGCUGGGGGACCUUUGCAUUUAGGAGAAAUAGAGGACUUCAAUGGACAGUCAUGUAUUGUUUGCCCGUGGCAUAAAUAUAAAAUUACUCUGGCUACAGGAGAAGGAAUAUAUCAGUCAAUAAAUCCCAAGAAUCCAUCAGCAAUUCCAAAGUGGUGCUCCAAAGGAGUGAAGCAAAGGAUUCAUACUGUGACUGUGAAAAAUGGAAAUGUUUAUGUGACUCUUUCAGAUACAAGUAUUAGGUAUGACUCGGAUUAUUAUGCUUCUGAAAAAUAUAAACAACUGCAAAUUUCUAAAAUGCUUACACAAGGAAGUUCCUAAUCUCAAAUUUGGCAAUAACAAACAAAUAUUUCUAUAGAUGUGGAACAUUUCUAUACACAAGGCACCGAAAAAAAUAAUCAGUCUGGCAUUACCUUUUUUUAAAUGAAUAAACAUGAGCUUGAUGUAGAAUCUGAA